AUGGCGAUAAAAUGUUUACAAUUGUCGAUGAAACAGUUACUCUUGCUUCUUGCAGUUGCAACUUGUUCGUAUUUGAUCAUUGGCAAAUCAGUCAUGCCAACAAGGUUGAAAACUACAAAACCACGUGAUAUUUUAAGUAUUAAACAGCAGCAACAGCAGCAGCAUCAACAAAAUACGGUCAACAAAAAAUCGCCAAUUAUUUCUAAUGAAAAAACCAAAGGAGACGAAGAAAGUGUUCUUGAGCUUGUUAAAAACGAUCAUGAAAUAGUAUUAGAACGAAUAAGAUUACCAGAUAUUAUUGAUAUGCAACGGAAUGGAACAUCAGCCACUGUGAUUGUCGAUAUGGGGGAUAAGCCACUUGCAGAAGACAUCCCGUUAUUUGACGAACUUAAAAGCCGCUUGUUAAAGAACAGGUCAAAUGACCUGAAAAAGAUUUGUUCAGAAUCGGAAGACAACAGAAAAUUGAUUGGACAAUUGCCACAAGCAGUGCUUUUAAUAACAAACUUGAAAGAAGCUGAGGUACAGAAACAUUAUCCAUAUUUAGAACCUGGCGGACAUUGGAAACCAGAAGAUUGCACUACAGAACAUAAAUUGGCUGUGAUAAUUCCAUUUCGAGAUCGUCAAACACAUUUGACACGUCUUAUCGAUUUUCUUAUUCCAGUCCUUAAAAGACAGCAGUUGGAUUUCCGAUUCAUUGUAACAGAGCAGUAUGGUAAUGAUCUGUUUAACAAAGGCCGAAUAAUGAAUGCAGCAUUUCGCUUAGCUGAACGUCUCAAUGUCAGCUGUGUUAUAUUUCAUGAUGUUGAUAUGUUCCCGCAGGACGAUCGUAAUUUCUACGGUUGUCCACCAACACCACGGCAUAUUGGUGCUUUUGUUAGUAAUCUUGGAUAUCAAUUAUGGUAUAAAGAAAUAGUUGGUGGCGUUUUAGCAAUUAGUAUGGAUGAUUACCGAACAGUAAAUGGUUAUUCGAAUAUGUACUGGGGCUGGGGUGGUGAAGACGAUGAUAUGGGGAAACGAAUAAUGGCAGAAAAUCUAACUAUUGAAAGGCCUGAUGUUACCACAGGUCGAUUUACUAUGCUCAAACAUGUGAAGAGGAAACGAGUUGCACCAAAAUUAAUACAUAAAUUAUUAGAUGAAGCUGAAACACGCUAUCGAAUUGAUGGCCUGAAUGUUACUUCAUGGAAAAUAUUAAAGAUUACACUACGACCCUUAUAUUAUCACAUAUAUGUUGAUGUUGGCAAGCCGCCAUCAGAAUGGGUAUGAAAGUUUUUGGUGCUCUAUGAUUAGGGAAUUUCUUUCUACUUUGUGAACUUAUGCGGUCUUGAAAAGACUUGAUUCUGCUCAUUUAUGUGAAAUUUCAUUGUUAUAAAAAACGCUGAGCGAAAUCCAAAGAUGAGCCAAUGUUCUAACGAGUAGAUGAAAUAAAUUUAAUAAAGCCCUCCUGUGAAAGUAGAUUCCCGUUAAGCUCUAAGAGGUUGACCUAUUCUUUUUUUUUCAAAA